AUUUGACCCAGCCCACUAUAUGUGCCUUGAAAAUGUCGGCACCAUCAAGGUUCAAGUUCGGUGCGAUCGUAAUGCGGCCGAUCCUAAUUGCACUGUCACCGUUCAUUAUAGAACUGUUGCUGAUACCGCUCAAGAGCACUCAGAUUUCGUACCCGUGGAAGGAACACUAACUUUCAAACCAGGAGAAGAUCUGUGGGUUAAGCAAUCUGGAGUUUUGCAACGGCAGGAAAUAGAAAUUUCUAUCGUUGACAAUGACAUUUAUGAGGAUGAUGAACAAUUCAUGGUCCGACUUUCACAGGUACGCGCACAUUCACCGUCGCAGUUCGCACCAGUUCCUGUUCGCCUAGGAGCAGCUUCGACAGCUACCGUACUCAUCGUCGAUGACGAUCACGCUGGAGCUUUUGGGUUCACCUCAGAAAAAUUCAAAGUUGUUGAAAGCGCGGGAGAGUUUGUUGCUGAGGUUGUUCGAACUAGAGGAGCUCGUGGUGAAGUAUCAAUUCCUUAUAAAACAGUUGAUGGACUGGCAAAGGCUGGAGAUGAUUACGAACAUUGCGAGGGAACCCUGCAAUUUCUUAACGAACAGACCAAAGCUGAAAUUCGAAUUCCUAUCGUAAAUGACGACGAGUAUGAGAAGAACGAGGAUUUCUUUAUUGAGUUAGGUGAACCCGUCUGGCAUCGGGACAUUGCAGCUACGGAUGAAGGGAUUGAAGGUCGACCAGUGCUAUCACUUGGUCGCUGCAAGGUUGUUAUCACGGAGGACAAGGAGUUCAAAAACUUCGUGGACCGAAUGCUCACAAAUGCAAACACUUCUAUCAUGGUUGGCACAAGUAGUUGGAAGCAGCAGUUCAACGAAGCUCUCACUCUUGAAGAAGAUGAGAACGGCAUGAUUACGAAGAGAGAGAAGUUCAUGCAUUAUAUUUCGCUUCCCUGGAAAUUACUGUUCGCUUUGAUACCACCCACAGAUUAUUACAAUGGAUGGUUAUGCUUCGUCGUGGCUAUCGUUAUGAUCGGACUUUUGACAGCAGUAAUUGGCGACUUGGCAUCACAUUUCGGCUGCACAGUUGGAAUGAAAGAUACCGUAACAGCAAUAUCACUUGUUGCUAUGGGCACCAGCGUG